AUUUUAUUUUUCUGCACUUUUUCCAUGUGACAGACAAAUAGCUUUUAGGUUGCGAGUUUUUAUGUUUGCAAACUCGAAGAUGAGGAAACAUCUAAGUCUCAGUUUGCCACGUUUCGUUUUCCUCUGUGUGGUUUGCCUAGCAGUGACGUUGUUGGGAACAGAAGCAGAAAGAAGACAAGAUUGCGUGGACGGACCGAGUACAUGGUACAGAGGCACCCAUAACACUACAGUCACCGGUACAGCUUGUCAACGGUGGACUGCUACAGUCCCACAUCGGCCCAAGUAUAUUCCUCAAGACGGAGGUGAACACAAUUACUGCAGAAAUCCUGACGGAGAUUUGAAGGGUACAUGGUGUUAUACAAUGAACGUAUCGUCCCGUUGGGAGUAUUGCAACAUUCCAAAAUGCUUUGAUGAUUCCCUUGUAAUUUGGACGAACUACGACGCCCAAAGCCAGUCUACGCAUUUACUGUCAGUCAUGGCGGAUCCAGAGGUUGUGAAAAACAAGACUGACACUUCAGGCGUCUUCAACGUGUCUGUCAUGGUCGGUUCCAAUAAAACACAUACCGAGUUCUGGGCUCUUGCAGGACAUUACGCAGAAAAGAAGCUUUUCUUUACAGACUACAGGUCAGAGUACGUUGGUGUGCGGUACAUUCGACGAAAUAUAACGGCCAGGUACUACAAGGGCAUGGCGCACGGUAUUGAAAGCAUGGCAUAUGACUGGAAAGCAAACAACCUGUACUGGACAGAUUCCGAAUUCAAAUGGAUCAUGGCAUCCGACAGGACGUUCCGUUAUUACUCUCCAGUUUUCAGAACUGGCCACAGAGAACCACCUUAUGGCUUGGCAAUUCACUCUAAAUUGAGAAAACUCUACUUCUCUACCUACAAAGCUUUUGGGUCCAAAAUCAUGGUUACUGACUUGGCAGGAAAGAAUCCACAAACUUUAUUCCAAUUUCCUGACGUAUUUGACGUUACUGGCCUCACUGUCGACUACACAGACGAAAGGUUGUACUGGACUGACUUUACCGGUUAUGGAGCAAUGGUCAUGAGUAGUAGGAUGGAUGGAACAAACAAAACACAGAUCUAUUACCGUCAAGGAUCAAUCUUCUGGGGAGUAGCAGCGUAUAUGGAUUAUCUUUACGUGACGGACGUGCAUGCCCGGUACACUAACACCGCAAACAAGUACUAUUCCGUGUGGGUGGUUAUUAAACAGUCUAAGCAGGUAUUCCGCUACACACUACACGGAAAACCACGAGGUAUUGCAGUGCUCAGCCACAACGAAGAACGCUCCAUGGAUGAAGUAUCAACUAACGGAGAAUGUGAUGAUCAGCCGACAUGCGACCACAUUUGCUUGCCAAGGAUAAACGCUACGAGAGAAUGUGUCUGCUCCCUGGGAUACCAUAAGAGAGGCGAUACAUCAUGCAUCACAGAUGUUCAAUCGGACGAGUCUAUGUUCUUCGUGGACUCCGGCCAAGGAAAAAUCUUUCAAAUUCCUUUUAACGCCAUGACAAGCACCCACCCCAACAACUACACAAUAGUUCCAACAGGAACAAGGACCAACACAGAGACUGUAGCAGUGGACAUCAAAACGAGACAGUUAUUGUGGUCAGAUAAAAGAAGGAAACAAAUUCUAAGAGGAAGCUUUGAUGGUGCAAGAGGAGUUACUCUAGUUCAAAGCAUACACGCAAGCAGUAUGACCGUUGACCCACAGACUGGGAACAUAUUCUUUGUCGACGAUGAGUUUAAUUCAAUCUACGUUGUGGACCAUAGUGGUAACAAGAUGACAGAACUUAUGCGAUCGAAUUCCAAUGAAACCGACAUUAAGAUGAUCGCACAAGAUGUUAAAAGCAGGUAUUUGUACUGGACUGACACGAGAAGCGAUGAGGGAGCAGGUCAAGUAUGGCGAAUCCGUUUAGAUGGUUCAGAGAAAGAAUUGGUCCUGGAUAACUUGGACUGGCCUCACGCAAUCACAGUUGAUCAUAUAAGAGGCAGUCUGUUUGUGAGCGAAGCUAAGACUGCGAUGAUAUUCGAAAUUCCGCUGUCAACACUCGUAGGAACCAUAAACUCAACAUCUAUUCAGAACAUUCCUCUGCAGCACGACCUCGCAGGGCAGCUUCCACGACUUCGCUUUUACAUUUUAGACAUCAAGGUAUACAACAACUAUGUUUACUUUGUUGACGGGAAGUCAAACCGUAUGGAGCGUUUCAAUUUGACAAGAGGGGUGGCUUCGAUUACCCAGUUUGGCCCAUCAGAGUUUUUCCGUAUCACUAAUCUUGCCGUGUAUAGUUCAACCUACCAGAAACAAUUUUUCAAUAGCUUGCCGUCACCCUGUACAGGUCGUCAAAGUAGAUGUCGACACAUAUGUGUUGCCAAGUCAGACUUUGAGAGCGUUUGUCUGUGUCCGGAAGGAUCCGCUCAUGUUACUGAAACGCUGUGUAGCGCCACUACAUCCACAAAUCGACCACCACGUUUGAUUUCGUGCCAAGAACAUUCAAUUAUUUGGCUACCCAGUUGUGCUUCAACAGCAAUGUUUUCAUGGACAGCACCCGUUUGGACGGACGAAGAACCUACGUCCAAUUUAACUGUGGUGGGACCAACCCGAACCAGCGAUAACUUGGGACCCGGCAAUCAUGUGUUUACUUAUAGAGCAACCGAUAGCGGUGGCCUUUCCUCUACUUGUAGAAUCACUGUAGAUGUACGAAACAGAUCCUGUGUCGCCCCACCUCCCUUACCCCCGCAGUUAAGUUCAACCACUCCCACAUGCGGCAACCGUUAUGGUUCUACGUUUGUGAUUUCCUGCGUGGAUCGAACUAAAUCUAUUCGACAAGGAGGCGCUAGUGGGGAACUUUUAGGGUUUACAGUGACGAACCUAUGUCUUCCUGAAGGCUCAUGGGAUCUGGGUGACAUGAACCAGUUAACAUGUGUCCCAACACCAGGGCAACCGACCACCACCACCACAACAUCAACAACAACUACUAGAGCAACAAUAAACACGAACACACCACCUCAGACAAGAACAACAACAACUACUAGAGCAACAAUAAACACGAACACACCACCUCAGACAAGAACAACAACAACUACUAGAGCAACAAUAAACACGAACACACUACCUCAGACAAGAACAACAACAACUACUAGAGCAACAAUAAACACGAACACACUACCACCGACAACAACAACAACAACAACAAGCCGAAAUAUUGGUCCAGCUAGACGUCCAACCAUUACAACUAUUCCAAUCCGUUUGAUAACAACUACUUCGACCACUGCAGGUACACCAGCGAAAUCAAGCACUACAAGUCCAAACAACGGCACUCGUCUUUUAGCAGGACCAAGAUCGGCCAAGAAGGGGGGUCUGAAGAGUGGUCCGUUGGCUGCUAUCAUUGUGCUUGUAGUUCUACUGGUCAUUGUAAUCGCCGUCGUAGUCUUCGUCACAAUUCGUCGUCGUGGUUCGCCCUGGCUUACGAAGAUAAAUUUUCCUUUGUUUUGGAAACGACAAGAAGACACGGUUGAUUUGCAGUCUAGGGAUUGUAAUAACCAUUACCAAGUCAUGUAACCGGAGCACGCUCAUCAACGCCACGGCUUUUAAGUGAUUUUCAGCACUCUCGCUGUUGAACACUGCUCAAGUCGUCGGCUGAGCAGCGGUUGCUUAUACAUGACUGUUUCCUUUUACGUGCAACUGCUUGGCGUUCUUAUCUGUACAAACACCUUGGACGACUCGCAUGAACAUUCUACUUCGCAUAUGAAGUGCUUUUCGUUUUCACCCAGAUGCAUCAGUUCUUCGCACGUUUUACCUCUCUCGUUCUCUUUAGUUUUAUUUCUCCAGUUUAAACAACUUUGUUUCAUGCAUCUUACUUUGGAUUGGUCAGUUUAAGCUUGCUCGGGUGCACGACUCCGUCCCAACAGUUGCGCGCGCGUUACAAGUGGUGUUGUGAUGUUCUUUACUUCCCUUAGCCUCCCGAUCUUUCUUAACACACAUUUUAACCAAAACCUGGGAGUUUUUCUUCUGCCGGCGGCGUUUCCACUGCUACGAAUUCGAUAUUUGGAGUUAUUUAAGAAAAUCAAAUUACACCGAUAAUCGUAAAGCUUUUCAGAAAUUUCUGUUUUUUUUUACUAAAUUCGGCGAAAUUAAAACUCCAUUCACUCUUUACUCCAGAUUUCGAAAUCGUCCAGUUUGGAAAGUCACUCGCUUCCAGUUCCCUGUAUUCUGGAAAAACAAGGAAGACGACGUCGAAGUGAACCCAGUGUCGGACAACCCUUACUCAGUAAUCUCUUAAAACAACCUCAAGUCUUGUACUGCAGUAACAAUACUGCGAACGAACAAACCGAUUGUAUACCAAAAACUAUAAACACUUUUCCGACACUCCUUGGUGAUUCAAGCGACCGAGAAGAACAGUUCAAUAAGUUUGCACGAUCGGCAUCAUUGCCUUUAUAUUCAAACGGUUCACCGGACAUUUCAAAUCAAAGUAUAGCUAACGGAACCGACCUUGAUAGCAUUAGAAAAUCUCCCCCUUAAUUAAAACCUGAUUACUGAAAGAUAUGUCAAAAUGCGCACAGUGCACCCCAGGCUGCCAAAACGCGCACGCUGCCCGAGCAAGUUCAUACAGUACAACCGUUACACCCUCUGCAAUUUUUUUUACGUUAUUUCUUUGUAUAGGUGGGUUAUGUACUGUUAUAUACCGUGUGAUGCCAACGUUUUCUAUGCGACCAAUCUAACUAAUGUCUGUAAAUUUGUUUGCUGGACGUUGCUUUCUUCUUUUACGAUGUACUUUUUCCUUCAUAUUUUGUAUAAGUGCCUUAAGAUACUAACACAGCCCAAACUUGAACGAAUAUAAAUAAACUGGUCGCUGUAAUUUAUACACA